AUGGAAUCCAUUGAGUUCUUUCAAGUUUUCAUCAUAAUCAUCAUACUCAUCAUGACUCUCUUCUACAUCUACUUCAGAUCAUUGACAUCUUCUUCUUCUUCUUCUUCUUCCACUUCUUCUGUUGCUGCUGUUGAUACUGAUAAUCCCCCUCUUCAAGAAAAGUAUGAUGUGUUUAUUAGCUUCAGAGGAGAGGACACCCGUCUUACUUUUACCAGCCAUCUUUAUGAAGCUUUAUGUAGGAAGAAAAUCGAAACCUACAUAGAUGACAGGCUCGUGAGUGGAGGUGAAAUUACUCCUGCCCUUCUCGAAGCAAUCCAGAGAUCAACGAUUUCGGUAAUCAUUUUCUCAAAAAACUAUGCUUCUUCUACUUGGUGUCUGGAUGAACUUGUGCAUAUACUAUGCAAGGACAAAAAUGGCCAGUUGGUUAUACCCAUUUUUUACGACAUCAGUCCAUCAGAUGUACGGAAACAACAGGGGAGUUAUGCACUUGCAUUUCGUCAACUUGAAAAACGUUUCAGGGACAGUAUCGACAAGGUGCACAAUUGGAGGGAUGCUUUGACACAAGCAGCCAAUCUAUCUGGCUUUGAUAAUUCAGAAAAAACAGAUACGGAAGCCAGUUUAGUUGAGAAAGUUGUCCGAGAUGUUUUGACCAAAUUGAAUCGUGAAUCAUCAAGUGAUUUAAAGCGUCUGGUUGGAAUCGAAAAGAAGAUUGAGACAAUUGAGUCGUCAUUAUGCUUGGAUUCACCAGGUGUUUGCUGUGUAGGUAUUUGGGGCAUGGGUGGUAUUGGCAAGACCACCCUUGCUGAGGCUGUAUUUCACAGGCACCCUUCUAAAUUUGAAGCUUAUUGUUUUCUUGCAAAUGUUAGGGAGAAAUCAGAACAAACGGGUGGAUUAAAUCAGUUGCUAAAUGAACUUGUUCGUGAGAUAUUAAAGGACAGAGAUAUAAACAUCGGCACUCUGUCUAUAGGACCAACUUCUAUUCGAGAUAGGCUCAUGCGUACAAAGGCGCUUAUUGUUCUUGAUGAUGUGAAUGCUUCAAACCAACUAGAAGUUCUUGUUGGUGACCAUGAUCGGUUUCGCGACGGAAGUCGAAUCAUUAUAACUGCUAGAGAUAAGGGCCUACUUGAACAAAAUGUUGACCAUGCGAAGAUAUUCAACGUUGAGGGAUUAAGUUACGAAGAAUCUCUUCAGCUCUUUCAUUCCUGUGCUUUCAGAAAUAAGUCUUCAACAACAGAUUGUGCUGGCUUGUCAAAAAAGGCGAUAGAUUAUAGUAAGGGCAAUCCAUUAGCUCUUAAAGUUAUGGGGUCCUUAUUCCAUCGUUGCAGGAGCAAACAAGAGUGGGAAGACCAAUGGAACAACUUGAAACAAUUUUCAAACGAAGAAAUCGAGGAAAAGUUGAGAAUAAGUUACGAAGGAUUAGGAAAAAAUGAGAAGGAGAUAUUUCUUGAUAUAGCAUGUUUUUAUAAAGGCUAUGAGAGGAAUUAUGUAAAAGAAUUAUUAGACAUUCGUGGUUUCUAUGGGGAAAAGGGAAUCAAUGAUCUUAUUGAUAGGUCUCUCAUCUCAAUUUCAAAAGGAGGAGGGAUAAAUAUGAAGCCAGAAGGACUAGUAGAGAUGCAUGAUUUGGUGCAAGAAAUGGGUAGGGCAAUCGCUCGAGAACAACGCAGUAGGUUGUUCAUUGCAGAGGAUGUCUAUCAAGUAUUGACAAAUGACCAGAGAGAUGAAUAUGUUCAAGCCAUAUCCUUUAACUGGUCUGAGAUUGAAGAGGAGUUGGAGCAUGCAAACUUCGAAAAGAUGUAUCAACUGAGAUGGCUACAUGUCGGUCCAUCUUUUGGGAAAUACCCAUUAAUUGUUUCUCUUGAUCUUCCCAAUUCUCUUAGAUAUCUUAAUUGGUAUAAAUAUCCUUUGAAAUCUUUGCCAUCAAAAUUUUCUGCUAAAAAUCUUCUUGUCCUUCGUAUGUUGUCCAGUGAAGUAAUUGGGGCGCAACUUUGGAAUGAAGACCAGAGUCCUGUGAACUUAAAAUGGAUCUGUCUUAGUGAAUGCCAACGUUUAACUGAAGUCCCAAAUCUCUCUCGAAGUCUAAAAAUUGAGCAUAUAGAUAUGAAUGGCUGUCAAAGUUUGGUUGAAAUUCCUUCGUAUUUUCAACAUCUUGGCAAGCUUACUUAUCUUGACCUUGGCUGGUGCACAAAUCUCAAAAAUCUUCCUGAGAUGCCAUGCAAUCUUGAAUUUUUAAAUUUGUCUAGGACAGCAAUAGAGGAAUUGCCUUCAUCAGUUUGGUCUCACGAAAAAAUAUCUCACUUAGAUAUUACAAAUUGUAAACACCUUAAGAGUCUUCCAAGCAACCCUUGUAAGCUGAAACUCUUGGGUUCUCUUAGUUUAGAGGACUGCGAUUCUCUUUGCGAGUUUUGGGAGCUUCCCAAGAAUACAACUGCAAUUAAACUGGCCUCUUGCAAAAACCUUGUGAGUCUCCCAACGAACGUUUGGAAGUUGAAAUCUCUGGAGAGCCUUGAUCUCAGUUUCUGCUUCAAAUUUCAAAACUUCCCAGAAGUCUCGGAGGCUAUGGAACAUCUGGAGUUUCUAAAUUUAUCACAUACAGCGGUUAAAGAGCUACCCCCAUCAAUUGGAAAUCUAGUUGCGCUUCGAAAUUUAGAUCUCAGUUAUUGUGAUAACCUUGUGAGUCUCCCAACGAACAUUUGGAACUUGAAAUAUCUGGAGAGCCUUAAUCUCAGUUGCUGCUUCAAAAUUCAAUGCGUCUCAGAAAUCUCGGAGGCUAUGGAACAUCAGGAGUUUCUAAAGUUAUUAGGUACAACAGUUAAAGAGCUACCCCUAUCACUUGGAAAUCUAGUUGUGUUUCAAAAAUUAGAUCUCGAUGAUUGCAACAACCUUGAGGUUGUCCAUGAUGACCUCUUUUGCUUAACCCCAUUUCAAGAGUUAAAUCUGAGUUGGACCAAAAUUAAGAACAUACCUGCAAGCAUAGCUGUCUCGCCUGUGCCUCAACGAUUGCAAGAGCCUUGA